AUGGCACCGCGACCGAACCAAGUGAACCUUGCUGAGAAUGGAGAUGUAUUGCUCUUCUGCGGCAAUGGCAGUGGCGACAGCCUCCAGUGAGUCUCGCCAUACUCGGACAGCUUUGAGGGCGAUACAGCUAACAAAAUGAGCCAGAAUCAACAUCCUUGCCUCCUCAUACACACUCAGCCGCGCUUCUCGCAUCUUUCACUCCGAGAUCUGGUCUCGAUUUGCCGACGAAACCAGAGACCCUGAGUCUCAGAUCAUCAUCUCGCUUCCGGAUGACCCACAGAGCGUGCUCAUCCUCUGCAAGGCUCUACACACGGAGAGUCUUGAUGUCAGAGAGUUAGACUUGGAGUCUCUUGAGAGGUUGAGUAGGCUGGUGGACAAGUACGACUGCUCUGCUGUCAUGCGUAAGAUCACCGGCCAUCGGUUCAGGGGCGACUUGGGGACUUCGCUGGACGACGACCGCUUGGCGUUACUGGUGAUGAGCUAUCAGCUUGAGGAUAAGGUGAGAUUUCAGCAGAUUGGGUGGCAUCUGCAGAUGUGGAACUCCACGGACAUCUGGAUCAUUUCAGAGGUGGAGGAUGAGAACGGGAUCCUACGGCGAGUUGCGGGUGAGUUUAAAUCGCUGGACAAGUGUUGUACGGGAGACUAAAAAAACUCACAGAGGGCCUGAACACGCAUCGAAACGGUAUCAGGGGAGCAGUGGGCCAGAAGAUCGAAAGGAUCCUGCAUCGAGAACUGGGAAAGCACGGCUUCUUCCAAGGCGAUGGUCCUCCUCCUUCUUCUUCCUGCCAAUGCUUCAACGCUUGGGUCGAGGGGUUGAUGCGUAAGCUCAGUCGCGGAAUGCUCUGGCCUGCGGAUUCUCUCGAUUAUCGAUCUCUCUCCGAGGCUUGCAAGGCGUUGCGGGAAUUGCAGGCGGAUUGGCCAGCACGAGAUGGUGCUUGCCAGACCGGGUGCACGAGAACGUACAUGAAGACGGUGGCGGGGAUCAUCAAGCGGCUCAAAUUGCUUCCUGAGAGGGUGGAAGAGCAGUUGCUGCGGAUUUGCUUGAAGUGUGUCAUAAAGGGGGAUCUAGGGAGCCUGGAAAACAGGUGCGAGAGGCAUGUGAUCUGGCCUUGUAGUCCGGAGGAGAUCGAGGCAGACGAUAAGCGCAGGAAGUUGAAACGUGAGUACUAG